AACUGCUAACCAUGAGCGAUAGAACCGCGCCAAAAUCACAACUUCGUUUGGAAUGGGUGUACGGUUACAGAGGGCAUCAGUGUCGGAAUAACUUAUAUUUUACAUCAUCGAAAGAAGUCGUUUAUUUCGUCGCUGGCGUAGGGGUUGUUUACAACGUGAAAGGCAACUCUCAGCGGUUCUUUCUUGGACAUAAUGAUGAUAUAAUCAGGUAGGUUAUGUUGUUUUGGGACUGAUAUAAAACACGAUCAUUUGAGCACAUUAUGUAGCUAUACAUUUUUUACAAACAUGCUGAUCUAUAUGUUUCCAAAUCUCAUGGAUGUCUACUGACACUAAUAAAGCUAUCUUAGGCUUGCAAAAUGGCUUAUUUGCUCAAUGUCUAUAUCAUAUAAAUUUAGCGGCACACCCCUGUUAAAAAAAUGCACACAUGUGUUUACAUAGGUCGUACAAUUCCAUUCAACCGUUUGUGAAUUGCUCAGAUUACUGAGAGUGUAAAUGCUUGUUUCAAACACAGUUUAUAGAACAAAAUUUGCGUGCCAAACAAUUCUGCAAGAAUAUUUUUGAAAUAUGUUUGCAAGGUUUGUGAGUAUUAAAGUGUCAUUUUGGUUAAUAAUUAAUGGAUGAGAAUGAUUAGAUGGGGAGACAGCAUAUCUGAUACCUUAAUGAAGUUCAGCAGAGAUUGAUUUCAAGAUUGUUAAUCAUUAGUCUACCCCACUCAAUGCUGGGUUUUAGUCAUUGGUGUAAACAGUAUUAAGCCUAGUUCUCAUUCAUCGCAAACCGUCGGCGAUGGGAGCUUUGCGACGUCGGCGACCGCUUGCGAUUUAUGAGAACACAUCAAAAAUUAUAUCGCCGAUUUUCCAUGAUCGUCGCCGACCAUCGGCGAUGACAUCGCAGGAAACAAAAAAGUUUGUUUCUUGCGACCAUCGCCGCGACUGCCACCUGCUUGAAAAAUCUAUGAAAAAUGAGUAAAAGUUGUUUUUUCCUCAACAAGCAAGGAAAUAACUGAAGUUUGACAUAAAUCAUGAUCUUUACGUUGAACGGGGCCAUUUUGUGCCUUGGUGGGAAAUUUCGAAACACAUCGGCUGUCAUCUGCGACGUUCACCGAUGUAUGAGAACUUUCGUACAUUCGCGAUCGGCGAGCAUCGGCAAUAAGCGUCGCCGAUCGUCGGUGACAGUUUGCGAUGAAUGAGAACUAGGCUUUACUGAAUACCUUGAAUUUUGUCAGGUGCAUUCAUCUUGUGUGGAACAUACUAAAAUAGUGCAUUACACAUGUAAAAACGUGGAAAUUAUUACACAUCUGCAUACAAGUUGUAACAAGGUUGUUGUCGAGCCAAUAUCAGGAUAUGCAGCUUGUUUCUAGAAUCCUAGUUGACAAGUUUGGAACAAGUUGUCUGUAACAGACUUGUUACAAGUUGUUCCAACAAGAUUAAUACAAUCAUAUAAUAGUUUUGUUUGUGGAAACACCACAAAUUUAUUACUGCACAGCUUCAUACAGGCUGUUUGUAAUAAGUUCCAUGAGCUUGUUGACAUCAACAUGUUAACAACUUGUUUAUACAUGCAGACGAUAUGCUGGAACAACUUUUUGAGAGAGUGCUGUGCUCAGCAACUUUUUUACAAGAUGAUAAAGCUACAGUAGUUCCAGACUUUUCAACAACCUAGAACAAGCAGUUAACCCAUCUUGUUUGCCAUCUGUGAGAUUUUUAAGCAUGUAGUCGGAACAUUAAGCCAUUAAGCUGCAGAGCAUCCCCAUUGACAAGUAAAAUUGUCUGGAGAGUGCUAGCGCUUAUUGGGUUAACAGGACUAUCUGUCCAUGUGUCUAGUUAACCCAUUGAGUCACAUUGUACCCUGGUGCGCCCUACUUUAUUAUUUUGUCUGUCUAACACCAGAUGAUUUUACUCGUCAAUGGGAGAGCGCUGCCACUUAAUGGGUUAAGUAAAGUUGCAUUGCACCCUAAUGCAACCUACUUGAUUAUUGGGUCAUUCCAGAAAACAUCCAUACCACCCCCACGGAGGAAAUAGGAAGUUAACCUCCCUACCCCCUUCGGAUGUCCUAAUACAUUUACUAUUAUCAGAAACAAUUUUUCUCCCCUCCCCCUCCAGACGGCAGAAAUUUCCUCUGUGGGGGGAGUAUGGAUCUUUUCUGGAAUGACCCAUUUUAACGCCAGAUGAUUUUACUUGUUAAGGGGAGCUCAAAGGUGCUUGCUGGUGCUCAAAGGCUUAAUAGAUUUGGAAUACUGUAGGUAAUAAAUAAUAGGUAAUAAAUAAUCUUAUAUCUUUGUCAAAGCCUUGCUUUGCAUCCAGAGAAACAAUUGGUUGCGACAGGGCAGGUUGGAAAAGAUCCAUAUAUCUGUGUUUGGGACGCAAAGAAUUGUCAAACAGUUUCCAUUUUGAAAGAUGGUCAUCAACGAGGGAUUGCGAGUUUGGCAUUUAACAAUGCUGGGACGGUGAGUUAAUUUUAUAAAAACUUGAGGAAAAUUUUUAGUUACAGUCAAUUUUGCAUUACCUGUACUUUUCCCUAAAUGUUGUGAACUUUGUUCCCAACCUCAUUGCAAAGUUCAAAAGUUCAUAUUAUAUUGAAAUUCACAAGCUGGAUUGUAAACAAAGCCUCUGAUUGUCCCCUGAACUAAAAGAAGCCACAAUCAAAUUAUGCAUUGUUUACAAAUUAAUUUUAUAUAUAGCAUUUAGCAUCUGUUGGUUUGGAAGACUAUCAUCUCAUCUGCAUUUGGGACUGGAAGAAAGGAAGAUUGUUGGCAUCUGCAAAAGGUCAUUCUGAUAGGGUACAGUACCUUUGAAUGUUUUCUUAAUUGCUUGAUAAUUAUGAUACAAACUUUGAUCUGGCAGUCAUGAAUGGAAAUAUCUCGAUAAUGUUGAAAUGUUGCCAACAACUCUAACUAAUGUUGCUACUGAAGGAAACUAAAGCCCUGGGCAAACUAGGAAACAUUGUUGCGGAAACAUUGUCAAUGUUUUGCCAUGUUUCCCAACGUGGGCAAACACUAGGAAACAAUGUUUCUGCAACAAAAUCGCACGUGGGAAACAUGAAAUGUUUCUGAAUUUGUUAGGAAACAUAUCUGCUUCUCUGGAAGCAAAUUGUGUUUCUGCAACGAUGUUUCCACAGGUGGGCAAACACAGAAACACUUGAGAAAACAUAGCCUCCUCCGCAGGCAACUCUGUUAUUUCUGUCACAUCAGUAUCACAAUUCACAAAGCUCAGUGAUCAGUACGGUUCCCCUGUGUAGUGUAUGGGCGGGCGGGUUACAGGGAACCCAUACUGGGACAUACAGAGUUGCCUGCGGAGGAGGCUAGAGAAAACAUGGCGAAUCAUCAUGUUUCCGCAACAAAUUGUUUCCUAGUCUGCCCAAGGCUUAAAGUACCCUGAGAAAACUUGCAAGGUCGGCACAUUUGACACACUCUAGCUCUCACAACAACUGAGGUAAAUGAUAAUCAGACAACUGCAUAUUGCAGCAGGGAAACUUUCAGGACUUCAGACACAUUCACAUACAUGUUUCACUCGCUACUCUGGUUUAAAUGAAUGAUUACAAAGCCAAGUCGAAUUGUAAUCAAGACCCAACGUUUUGACACUCCAGUCUAGUGUCUUCAUCAGGGGAGUCGUGAUCGAAAGUUGCAAUGGUGGCUUCUUAAAUACCUAAUAAUGAGUCUGCGUGAUUCCUGUUUACUGUAGUUCAUGGGUGGAUUUACUGGGGGGUUAGGGGGGUUAACAUGCCCCCCCCCCCACUAGGUCUCUAAUCUCUCUUAAAAAAGUGUUCAACGCCAACCCCAUCAAAAUUUCACUCCCCCCCUCCUAUUUUGUGUUAUUAAAAGUAUUUGACUCUAACGCCUAACCUCUGCCAAAGCUUGCUCAGAGGUGCCGUUUGCACCCACUAGAAGUUUUUCCUCCCCUCCUUUUUAAAAAAUGAAAAUCCGCCCUUGCUGUAGUUAAGAUCCAAGUGUAAAUUAAGUAAAACCUUUUUAUAGAUUUUUGACCUUCAUUUUAACCCCAAUGUGGACAACCAGUUAGUGUGUUGCGGAGUGAAACACAUCAAGUUUUGGAAAUGGCAAGGAAACUCGCUAAACCCACAAAAAGGUAACUAAAUGGGCUUGUUAUUAAGAGAGAUGUUUUCACGAAAAUAGCAAAAAGUCAACAUGUGUAACGUUGCCCAUUCUUUGAGAUCCUAUAAAAUCACUAUACUGUAAUUGUAUUAACAACUUUGACAUUGAGUGUGUGAUAUAAACAAGCCAGUUUUUAAAGAAAAAGACAACGUGAAAGUUCAGUCAAAUUAUGAAGUACACACAUUUUGUUCAAUAUAUUUUUUGCAUUUAAUUAAUUAUUAUUUUUUUAAGAACGAAUUUAAAGAAAAUAUUACAACAGAAUAUUUUUUUUAAAGUUCAAGAAUAAGUCAAAGCUCAUUUUUUAUUUCAAUAAUCCACUAGGUAUAUUUGGCAAAGGCGGAGAAAUUCAGACAAUGUUAUGUCUUGCAUUUGGCACCAAUGGUACUACAUAUGCGGGGACGUUAAGUGGAGAUAUUUAUAAAUGGGAGAAAAAUAGCUUGACUGGAACUGUUCAAGGACAUGAGGUAUUUCUUGCAUAUAUUUAAGACAUUAAGCAGAAACCUCUUUAACUAUUUUCUUUCCAUGUCCCUACAGUAUACUCAUUUGACAAAACUUCAAAUGUUGUAUCCAAUACAAGCUUUCGUUGGUAGGAAUGUAACUAUACCUGAAACAUAUAAGGAGAAUUUCGACGUUUCAAGUGAAGGCCCUUUGUCUGGAGUUAUGAAAGCUUGUUCAUAUUAUAGCCACUAUACCUACAUUGGCACAGACAGUUCAAGAUUAUACCCAAUACAUCCUUCCAGAAAGUGUUCAGCCUUGGCCAUACAGGCUUUUAAUUUUGCGUGAUUGAGAUAUUGUUGCAGAUGACACAUUUACAAAACCAUACAGUUAGAAUAGAUAAUCCAAAAUACCUUAAAAUAUAAUUAUGUCAUCAGUAACAAGAUAAAGGGCUCCAAAGCCGAGAUCUCAAUCACGAAAACGAGGCUCUAUAGCCAAGACUGAGUACUUUCAGGAAGGGUGUAUUGUGCAUAUUUAAUCAUGUUGGUUAUCGCCGUUUUUUAGAACGCUAACCUAUUUCGGUACUUUCAGGAUCAGUGCUUUCAGUUUUGGUAGGUUAUGAGCUUAACUCGCUGUUUCCUUUAGGGAGCUGUAUUUACCAUUUAUAAAUCUGAAGAUGGUUUUGCCAGUGGUUCCAAAGAUGGAAGUGUCAUUCUUUGGGAUGGUGAUUUUAAACCUAUUACGAAAAUUGAUCUGCUCAACAGCGUCAUUGGUUACAAAGGUGACGAUAUCUAUGGUUAUCUGCCUCUAACCAGUAAUAAAUCAAGUCAAUACGAGUUUAUAACAAUGGAAAACAGACAGUGUUCGUAUUGAGUAGUUUAAUGCAACUUAAGUUUAUCUUUUAACCAUUUUUUAUUAUAACCAGGCUUGUCAGUACGUAGCGUCUGCUGGGUGGCAGAUAAAAUUCUCGUUGGUACAAACAACAGUGAAAUAUACGAAGUCCUCGCUUCAAACAAAGAAUCGCCAAGAACCUUAGUUCAGGUAUUACCAAUUAUUUUUCACUCAUUCUUCUCUAAGCACUGACAGCCAGCUUGCAGGCUUUUAGCCAGAAGGGCGUCCAGGUGUCCUGGGACGCCCAUAGAACAAAAAAUGGACGUCUUUGGACACCCAAAUUCUGGGGGGAAAGGGAAAUUAUUUUCAGUUAUUUCCCUAAGUAUAUUUAUAUAUCUGAAACGAAAUAGCUUCAAUUCUCAUUAUUAUUUUAUUAUACAUUUGACAUUUUGAUCAAUUUGAUGGUGUACCUGGCUGAAUGAAAAUGUCGUAGAUAAGUAAAGAAGCAUAGCGGCACAAACUCACAAAGCCAAGUGUGUCCGAAAAAUUUCGAACGAGCUUGGAACAGAUACUGAUAUGAAGUAACGUAAACUUCAAAGGUUUUCCAGAGGAACGUUUUCUCGACACCCCCUUACUGUAGAUGUAUCGUUGUACCAAAAUUGGACGCCCUCUUUUAGGAACCUGGCUAAAAGCCUGCCAGCUUGUAUUAGCAACUAAGCUAAACGAACAUGAACUGUGUAAUUAACUGUGUUAUACUGCAUGCAUGGUAGCUCUAUCAGUCCAAAAUUGUACUCCCCAGAGGUCCUGUACGAGCCAUCCCUUAAUGACACAGUGGUACUACAGGAGGAAAUCCAAGUACCUAGAGAAAACCUGUGGUGUUUGGUAGAGUCAAACUGGAAGUACUCUUCUCAGAAAGCGAGCACAUAUUCCCUAUCUACUAAAUUAAAGUAGAAGUCGUUUCGCGAAUAAGAGUUUAUCUUCGCAUGCAAAUAAAAUUCCUUUGAGAAUUUUCGAUGCACUUGUAUUUAUGUACAUGUAGAAUUGCUUCAUUCUUUUAUAUUGAAAAAUAAAAAAAUAUUAAAAAUUGAAAGAAAAAAUAUGCCGUUUGAGUUAAAAGAGUGUACAUACUGUAUAUAAUAUCAAUUUCAGGGUCAUGCCGAAGGUGAGUUAUGGGCGCUUGCUGUUCAUCCCAAGAAAGCCAUGUUUGCGACAGGCAGUGAUGACCAAAGCAUACGGUAUUGUACUUUUUGUGUGUUGUCCCAUUUCCACUGCAUCAACUGUGGUCUCAGACUUAGUUUAGGCCAAAUUUAUAGCGCAAUUAUGUUUUCCUUGUUUUCAGAUUAUGGAGUCUCUCAGACAGAACGUUGUUGGCUAGAGUUGAUUUGGAACAAAAGAUUCGUUCGCUUGCGUUUCACCCUGAUGGCAGCCAGUUAGCUGCCGGGCUGUCUGACGGUUCCUUUAUGGUUCUUAAAGCAAGGUAAAGUUAGUGUUGCCAUUCCUUGGAUCUUAACCAUGUACUGUACCUGAAAAAUUAAGUUAUCUUCCCACUCUUCGACUGUGUCGUCGACAUUUCGAGGGAAACCUCUUUGUUUGGGAGUUUGUAAGCAGUUGAUAACCACCUGACGAAGUGCCUUUUUUCGAAAAUACAAAGUAAACUAAACUAACUUGGGUGGUUGUGGUGUUGAACUCCGGUGAUAGAAUUUUUGCUGAUGUUACUCAGGGUGCGAUAAUUCAUGAUUUUUAGUCGUUCCUGACUGGUACAACCAAUGGUUGUUGCCGCGUACUUGCGCUAGUACAAACUCAGUACUCAAUGUGUAUUUAGUCUUUAAAUAAGGUUCAUAAGGUACAGGUUUCUGAAAAGUAUAUGUUCAGACCACGAGGUAGAAAAAGAAGCACAAUUGCAUAUACAAACAAGCGACUCCAACGUUUCUUAGUGCUAUCAGUCCAAUCAUGUUUCAUGCCAAGACAUCUCAGACACAUGAUAUAUCAACUAAAUUAUGGUAUUGAAUACCUUGGACUUGCAAAGGUCAUAUCAUGGUACCAGCAAAAAGUAAGUACGCGGAUAGCAACAAGUUCCACGUACCUCCGUGGUUGGAAACAAAGAAAUACCAGACCGUAAUAUUGGCGUUCCUCCGGUUCGUAUAUAUAAGUACGCGAAUUAUCGCACCCUGUGUUACUCUGAGUGUCCGCACACCGGGCAAGCUGGAAAAUUGCUUGGCUGCGGUGGGAAUUAGUUGGUAAGAGCGCUGGACUAGUAACCCAAAGGUCGCGGGUUCGAUUCCCACCGCGGUCAAGCAAUUUUUCAGCUUGCACGGUGUGGACACACUCAGAGUAACAUCAGCAAAAAAAAUAAACUAACUUUGUUUAAACUGGAUUGCUCUAGCUAUAUCGGUUUCUGAUCUACUGUUCUUCACAUCUUGUGGUGUAGCAAGUCUGCCAACAAGCCGUCAACAAGUUGUGUUCGCACUGCUUCUCCCAAGUUGUCAACAAGUUUGGAACAAGCUGUUAACAACUUGUAACAAUCAUGUUGAUAUUAUCAGACUUGUUGCAAGGUUGUUCCAACACGUCUGAUACAGUCGUGAUUUAACAAUAUUGUUACAACCUUGUGUCGUCAACCUUGUAUACAUUCUUGUCAUAUCAUGACUGUAUCAGACUUGUUAGAACGACCUGUUACAACAAGUCUGAUAAUGCCAUCAAGCUUGUUACAAGUUGUUAACAUAACAGCUUGUUCCAAACAUGUUACAACAACUAGGAACAAGCAGUGCGAACACAACUUGCAGACCUGUAAUAACUUGUGCGUUUUUACGCGUAUAGGUAGGAAGUUUGGUAGAAUCAAACUACACGACAGAACGAGGGCUGUUGUUUUGCCUGCAUAUUUCAAAUCCUGCCCUCUGAUUUUAGGGAUCUUUCGGAAGUCCUUCACACCAAAGAUCGUUCGGAAGUCAUUCACGAACUGAAAUACUCGCCAGACGGCGCAUAUUUGGCCGUUGGGUCGAACGACAAUUUUGUCGAUAUUUACGCGACUUCUCAGCGAUACAAGAAAGUCGGAGAGUGUAAAGGUAGUUCCAGUUUUAUCACGCAUUUGGAUUGGUCGGACGACAGCAAAUAUAUACAAACAAAUUCAGGCGCUGCUGAGAGAUUGUUCUACAAAAUUCCAGGUAAAAUGUUUAAAGGGGAAUCGCAGGCAAUCACAGGCAUAUAAAAUACGUACCAUACCAUGGAUGCAACUCCGUACCAUACAGUACCAUAUUAUAUAUUAUGCUAUACCACAAAUACCAUAACAUGCCGAUACCAUAACAUACCACACCAUGCCAUACCAUAUCGUACCAUGCAGUACCAUGUAAUACCAUACCAUGCAGUACCAUGUAAUACCAUACCAUGCAGUACCAUGUAAUACCAUACCAUGCAGUACCAUGUCAUACCAUACCAUGCAGUACCAUGUCAUACCGUACCAUGCAGUACCAUGUCAUACCGUACCAUGCAGUACCAUGUCAUACCAUACCAUGCAGUACCAUGUAAUACCAUACCAUGCAGUACCAUGUAAUACCAUACCAUGCAGUACCAUGUCAUACCAUACCAUGCAGUACCAUGUCAUACCAUACCAUGCAGUACCAUGUAAUACCAUACCAUGCAGUACCAUGUCAUACCAUACCAUAUAGUGUCAUACCAUAGCAUACCAUACCAUACGGUACCAUGUCAGUAUUACCAUACCAUGCAGUACCAUGUAAUAUUAUACCAUACAGUACGAUUCCAUACCUACCAAUUGCUUCCUAAGAUCAGUAUUUUUGCUUUCUAGCGGGUAAGCGGGUUACCAACAAGGAAGAAAUCAAAGCCAUCAGUUGGUCAACAUGGACAGGAGUCCUGGGAACAGAAGUGAACGGAAUUUGGGAGAAAUACACAGACACGAAUGACAUCAACGCCACUGAUACGUCAUUUCCUAAUAACACUCUUGUGUCAGGCGAUGAUUUUGGUUUAGUAAAAUUGUUUCGUUUCCCUUGUAUCAAGAAAGGUAUGGGAAUGUUUUGUAUAGCAAUGACUAGACCUGCCCCAAGUCCUGACGUCCUACAUCAGCAUAUAAUAUUUUAA